AUGGAACCCGUUCCUGAGACGGAGCGAAUGGAGGAGUUCAAGUCCUCACCGGUCCCUUCACUGCGCCUCGGCAAUGCAAACGCCCCCAUCCCAAGGCUCGACCUCGACGCGACCCGGAAGCCACCCACGGUGCGCCGCAGCACGGACCCGUGUCCCUCUUCGCCCAGCGCGUCUUCAUGGAGCACCGCGACCGUCGCCUCGCUUCCGUAUCGCCCUCGGACCGCCUCUCCGCUCUCUGGUUCUCACGGCCGUUCAAAAUCAGUCGCUAGCCUCGCCGUGCCCAUGUCGCGCACGCAGUCCAUGCCAGGCGUCAGCGGAUCUGGCCGCAUCCUCUACUCGCCGCAGCUGCGGCCCGCUAGCCCAUCGGGAUCCCCUAGUCGCGUUCGCACGCCGCGGAAGCCUGUCGACGAGGCAUUCCCGCCGACGUCUCCGGUCCGGACCUCGGUCCUGGAACCGGAUCGGCGGUCCACGCCCGGCGAGAGAAGCACCUCUCCGAUCCUGGGCACUUCCUUCAACACCAUGAACCGCCUGCGCCCGGCGUCGCCACUGCGCAGCUUUGCUCCGCCGAGUACCAGUUCCCUCUCCGUUUUGCCCUCCACGCCCUCGUCCAAUUCUUCCGCGUCAUCAUUCCGUGCAUACGAUGCAUUCGCGCCAUAUGGUGGGGGAUUCUCGUCUGUACCUUCGACGCCGACAUCCGCACGGUCAAGGAGCCCCAGUAUAUCCAGUCUGGAGACCAUCCCCGACUCGCCGGACGCAGAGGAAGCCGCGUUGGAAGCUGAGAGGAUGGCACAGUUGAAGGCAGCCGCGGAUGCCGCCGAAGGCAGCGAUUCAUCCGACUCGUCCUCGUCCAAGGGGCGCAACGGCGGCGGCAGUAACAAUUCGGAUGUCCCUGUUCGCGGGCGGACCAUGAGCUACGGCUCGAGAGACAAGCGCAAGCGAUGGAGCGUUUGCGGUGCCGAGCGACGGGGCGACAUUGACCUGGAAACUAUCUGGGAGGACUGA